CGUCUGGCUUCCCGGCGUGUUUUGUUUGCGACGCUGUCGUGUCACAGCGCGCUUUACGGCCGCGGGGACGGCGCGAGCCGGCGGCAGGGCCACUUCGGCCGGGAAGCAGGACGGGAAGGAGUUUGAUGCCCGGCGGCGGUGUGAGCGCGGCGUUUGGCCGGCUUCUCACCGCCGGGGAGCAAAGGGGGGCCCGGGAAGCGGCGGGGUCGACGUCCAGGAGCGGCCCGGGGGGCUCCGGCUCGGGCGGCGGCGGCAGAGGCGGAGCAGGCGGGCCCGGGCCGGGGAGUGGCGGCCCCGGGGGCCCGGCGGGCAGGAUGAGCCUGACCCCGAAGGAGCUCUCGAGCCUGCUGAGCAUCAUCUCGGAGGAGGCGGGCGGCGGCAGCACCUUCGAGGGCCUGUCCACCGCCUUCCACCACUACUUCAGCAAGGCUGACCACUUCCGCCUGGGCUCGGUGCUCGUCAUGCUGCUGCAGCAGCCGGACCUGCUGCCCAGCGCGGCGCAGCGCCUCACCGCGCUCUACCUGCUCUGGGAGAUGUACCGCACCGAGCCGCUCGCCGCCAACCCCUUCGCCGCCAGCUUCGCGCACCUGCUCAACCCCGCCCCGCCCGCCCGCGGCGGCCAGGAGCCCGACCGGCCCCCGCUCUCAGGAUUUUUACCUCCUAUAACUCCACCAGAAAAGUUUUUUCUUUCCCAGCUGAUGCUGGCACCCCCGAGAGAACUCUUCAAAAAGACACCUCGACAGAUUGCGUUGAUGGACGUCGGAAACAUGGGCCAGUCUGUGGACAUUAGUGGGCUUCAGCUAGCCUUGGCUGCUUGUGAUGACUGGAGUCAGCCUGUGAGGAAGUUCUCAGAACGCCAGUCUGAAUUGCCAACCCAGAGUAAGGCUAGCUUCCCUAGUAUUCUCAGUGACCCAGACCCGGACUCUUCUAAUUCUGGAUUUGACAGCUCAGUUGCCUCUCAGAUCACGGAAGCUUUAGUCAGUGGACCAAAGCCACCUAUUGAAAGCCAUUUUCGGCCAGAGUUUAUUCGUCCGCCACCACCCCUCCACAUCUGUGAGGAUGAGCUGGCUUGGCUAAAUCCGACAGAGCCUGACCAUGUGAUUCAGUGGGAUAAAUCCAUGUGUGUUAAGAAUAGCACUGGUGUAGAGAUCAAGCGAAUAAUGGCCAAAGCCUUCAAAAGCCCCUUAUCUUCUCCUCAACAAACACAGCUCCUUGGUGAGUUGGAAAAAGACCCCAAACUUGUUUAUCAUAUUGGCCUCACUCCAGCCAAACUUCCUGACCUAGUGGAAAACAACCCUCUAGUCGCCAUAGAAAUGUUGCUGAAGUUAAUGCAGUCGAGCCAGAUCACUGAGUAUUUUUCGGUCCUGGUCAAUAUGGACAUGUCUUUACAUUCAAUGGAAGUUGUAAAUCGACUGACUACAGCUGUUGAUCUACCUCCUGAAUUUAUUCACCUUUAUAUAUCAAAUUGCAUCUCUACUUGUGAACAAAUUAAGGAUAAAUAUAUGCAGAAUCGUUUGGUGCGUCUUGUGUGUGUCUUUCUCCAAUCCUUGAUCCGUAACAAAAUUAUCAAUGUGCAGGACUUGUUUAUAGAAGUGCAGGCAUUCUGUAUUGAAUUCAGUAGGAUAAGAGAAGCUGCUGGCCUUUUCCGGUUGUUGAAGACAUUGGAUACUGGGGAAACGCCUUCUGAGACCAAAAUGUCAAAGUAAUACCUCAUCAGAACCACCCCACUCAUUGUUCAGCUGUACUGUGAUUGCAUUUGUAAAACUGUUAAAACCCUGAGUGGAUUGCUUAGUCUAAUGCAUAUAAACAACACUUUAUCUACUUAAAGCAGUUUUGCUUUCCUGGAUGACUUUUUCCUUUAGAUGAGUUUCUGGUGAGAACUUGGAAAAAUAUGUCACAAAGGUGUCUUGCUGAUGAUUAUCCAUAGGAAGAAUGGUUAUCCUAAAAAAAGUUAUUGCAAAAAAGGAGAUGAGGUCUUGAGCACUAAAGAGCAAAGUGCCUGUUUUUGUUUAAAACACAAGUUAUGGGCUUCUGAUAAGUGAAGAAUCCAGUUUUCCUAAGCUUCCAAUGUUAAAAGUAGUAUUUAAUGAGUGAAUGAAGACCAUCUUAAGAAUUUACUGUAUUGCCCUUGAGGGGAAGUCACUUAAGUGUUUUGAAUCAUCAAGUGGCGAACAGGGAUUUGAUCCUUGAACCCAUUUAUGUGCAUAGCUCUUAACUGCUCAUUAAGCACAGUUUGAACCAAGGACAUACAUGUAACUUUAUCCUUUCUUGUUAUGAAGACUUAAUAGACAACACGAUAAAUGCAUUUCUUGGGUCUCUUAUAAACAUGGGGACUCUUAGAAACCUUUUUUGAGGCUAUAAUAGCUGGUAUAGUUUUCUGUUUUUUCUCUUGAGAUGUUCAUUAGUUCUGUUAGUAGUCUAAAAUGAUAGUCAUUUUUUUGUUGUUUUAAGGAAAAACAUCAGUCAGUGCUUUGGGAGGUAAUAUCACUGAGGAACUGUCAUGUAAAAUUGCUUGCUGAGUGGGAUCUGUACCCUCCUGCCUGUGGUAGGGCAGGUGACCUGUCUGAGGAGGAGAGCAAGGGGCAUCGUGUGGGCUGUUAUCCCUCAUUUAACUUUGAACAGUGCCUUAAAUUAAAGUUCUUUUUUAUGAA